AUGUAUCUUGGGAUCAAGCUUACAGUUGAGAUAGUUAUCCCUAAACUAGAGGUUGAAUCGGACUCUCGCUGCGCUAUCACCAUUGUUGGGGUGCCUUCAGUUGAAGCCCACGCGAACUCAUCUCUGGCUCAUUCGAUCAAGGAGCUUGAAACCAGGUUGGAGAGAAUAAAAAUCAGCCAUGUCUAUAGGGAAUCAAAUUUUUCUGCUGAUACGAUAACGAAGCUCGGACACACGAUGGAAGAGGGGGUCACUGUUUUUGGGUAUCCUUUGUCACUGUUGAUGUUACAUCUUCUCGCAGAUAUAAGGGAAGUAAAGUUCUCAAAAAUAGUUGUGGAUUAA